UUUGGCGGCGGUGUCGGGCGCCGGCCGGGCGGGGGCGCCGAGCGGCGCGGAGGGGCCGGGCGGGCGGCGGCGGUGCCUGUCUUGCCGCCGCUCGGCGGUCGGCUCGGCUCGGGGAGGAGGGCCCUAGCCCAGCGCGCGGCCAAUCCGGACGGGCGCUGGCGGAGAGCAGGGCAGAAUGGGCCGUAGUUGAGUGAAAUAGGAAAGCUGCGAACAGAGUGGAGUGCUCCCGGUGUAAAUAAAAGGGGGGAAGAAAAGUUUCCCCAAGUCGCGGCUCCGCAGCCUCGCUCCGACGGGGGGCAGGGGGCUUCGUGCGAGGCGGAGAUCACCGCUCGGGACUUUGCCGUGCGGCGUUCACCCGCUCCUCCUAUUGUGAUUUUUUUCAAAAUAUGGCAAAGGUUCAGGUGAACAAUGUAGUGGUGUUGGACAACCCUUCUCCUUUCUACAACCCUUUCCAGUUCGAAAUCACAUUUGAGUGCAUAGAGGACCUGUCGGAAGAUUUGGAAUGGAAGAUAAUUUAUGUGGGUUCAGCUGAAAGUGAAGAGUAUGACCAAGUGCUCGACUCUGUUUUAGUAGGACCUGUUCCUGCAGGCAGACACAUGUUUGUAUUUCAGGCUGAUGCACCUAACCCAGGGCUUAUUCCAGAUGCAGAUGCAGUAGGUGUAACAGUUGUGCUAAUUACAUGCACCUAUCGAGGUCAAGAAUUUAUUAGAGUAGGCUACUACGUAAACAACGAAUAUACGGAAACAGAACUGAGGGAGAAUCCACCAGUAAAACCAGACUUUUCUAAGCUUCAAAGGAAUAUUUUGGCAUCUAAUCCCAGAGUCACAAGAUUUCACAUUAACUGGGAGGACAACACUGAAAAACUGGAAGACGCAGAGAGCAGUAACCCAAAUCUACAGUCACUGCUUUCGACAGAUGCGUUACCUUCAGCAUCAAAGGGAUGGUCAACAUCAGAAAAUUCAUUAAAUGUUAUGUUAGAAUCUCAUAUGGACUGCAUGUGACUAACCACCAUCGUUUUGGUACUGUACAUGUAUUAAACUGUAAAAACAACCAGAACUAUUUCCCUCAGUUUCCCUAAGUAUAUAGUUGACAAGCAAUGUGAAGAACCUGUUUUAAAACAUCCUGUAGAAAGUUUAUAAAAAACAAAAAAAACCCUAAAAAACAGUAUUUGAUCAAAUUGUGGAAUAUAAAUACAACUAUUUUUAAGUAAUUGUUUUUUUUCUCUAACUUGUUACUCUGUUGGUUUAAAUUGAACCUUAUUAAAGUAUGCAUUUUCCUUCCCCCUUCCCCUUUACUUUGUAAGCACUGAUGAAAGCAAAAAAACUGAAAGUUGAAAUAUUCAGGCAAAAUGAAGCAAUAAUGCUGUGCUGUGUCCUCUCUGAUAGCCAGAUGCCAAAUAUAAAGUGCCCUUUAAUUAAACACCUGAAGAGCAAAGCUGUUAUUAGAGGAAGUGCUAAGACAAGUGUUUGCUGCUUUAAAAAAAACAAGACCCCAACAGUCCUCUUUCUGUGGAAGCACGGUAUAAUUUUAAGUGCAAGCUUCUUUUCGUUUCAAGGCACAUAGUGGUUACUUAAAGCGUGCAAUUUGA